GGCACAGUCUGAGGGUGCACUGUGUCAUUCUUUCUAUCAGGUGUCCUUCGUUGUUUCCUCCUCGGAAAUCAGGCUUGCAAAAGCAGGAAGUGGAGUCGGGCAAGGAAAUUCACUUGUCUUCGCAUGUCGGAAAUGAAGAAUGCAUACUUGGGAUAACACGCUUAGAAGAAGAACAUGUGAAGAAAUUGAAGAUUCUUGCAAAACAUUGUGGUUUGCAACCCCUAUCAAUGGUGCUGAGCAGGAGCCGUCCAAAUUGGGGAUCCCCUUUCCCAUCUUACUUCAGCUGGUCAAAUGUUCUCGUAAGGAUUUCAAUCCUUUCAUCCCUUCAGUUACGAACUUGUCUUACUUUUGUGGUACUUGUGAGUUAUGCCUAAAGGUAUAGUGUCAAUUAGCUCUAGUCCUUGACAGUUUAAUAUGUUUUGGUUUUCAGGGACAUUAUACUGGAGGCUAAAGAAAAUGAAUAAAUUAGCUGGGAAUGCACAUUCUGCUCCGUAUCCCAACCCUAUGUGCACGCUCAUAAAGUUGUACUGGGUCCAAGGUGCGAUUACCUAAGGGCCCUUUUUAAUCUGGCAUGCAAGAAAGGUGAUCAUAUAUAAAGAUAUAUAUGUUUGCAUCCAUCUUAUGUGAAUGUCCUAUAUUAAAUUGGGUCGAUGUUUCAUCCAAGCUACUGGAAUUCCUGUUGAUGCAGCCAUUCCAAGACUGUAAAAGUGCCUGUUAGCUGGGAUGCCUUGAAUAGGCUAGUGCAUUGGUUUUACGCUGAUGGCUGCCUAAUCCUCCAACUGGAUGUCCAUGGCUCAACAGGGAACAGAGGAAAAGCUGCAUGCCGUCCAACCAUAUCUCGAACUCUGCUGGCUUUCUGAUUUCUGUUUUUUGGAGACUGUAGAAGACAUAUGCUACAGAGUGAUUAUAUGUCGUAUGGAAGGCCCGGACGUGAAUUUAUCCCUUAAACUGCUCCGGCUCGCUGAAAACUUGUCGCUGUGGAAACUCUGAAGUAGCCGCUGAUCGUCUGGCUCCUGCAUAUCGCCAGUUAUGCCAGUCUGGGGUUCUCGAAUUGUUGGAUGAAGGUCUGGCCGGAAUGCUGCUUCUGUUAGAAUCUCUCAAUCGCAUUAAGACAAGGAUAGGUACCGUUGUCUCCUACCUUUGCCCUGUCUUCUAUUUUCUAGAAGUACUUCAGACGUAAUCAAAGAAUAGAACAUGUCAUUGAUUGAGUAGUUGCCAUUUUAUUCGAUGAUUACAAUUUACUUCUAUUUAGAAGUGGUGCCUAUAUCAUACAUCAGCAUCCUAUGUAUCAAAUUAAAUGUUUCUUUCCCUUUAUCUAAUGCUGUAUUGUGUAUUCGUAUAUUCCUAUUUCCUUGUCAGGCAGAAGGUGAACCAGCUUCCUCUCUUAGUUGCAGCCUAGUAACACAGGCUGCAAGUCUCUUACUACGUCCUGCAUCGAGAUCGUGGAGUCAAUGUCUUUCUGCAAAGAAACAACGUGAAAAGCCGUUAGUUCGAAAGUUCGACUCCAUUAACAUCAGUUCUUAUUCUGCCUCAAGUCUCCAGUGAACAAGAGUAUCAUCAUACCUUGGUCACAAUGGUUACAUCCAAGGAACACCUCCCGAAAGGCACGACAUUGAUGGCCAGCACAGUAAGGCCUCUCGCUUCGACUUCCGGGAUCAGAGUAUCAUCAACAAUGCGACUCAUGAACUCCUCUCCAAUCUCCACCUGGGACUUCUUCACGAAGAUUAUGGACUCCACCAACGUCCUCUUGGCUUUCUCGUGCAGCUCGUUCACCCUCUCCUGGAGCUGCUUUACGUACUUGAUCGCCUCCCCCAGCACAGUAGCCUUGUCUCCCUGAACAAAACAAGCAAUCAAUCAGCAGCUGAACUCGGAUUAAACCGAAGAACACAAUUCCAUCCGGGGAGGCAGGCAAGGUAUUACCUUCUUCAGGUUUGGUAUGUUGGCGGAGAGAGCGAUGAACUGCUUGUUCAAAUGCUCCCUGCGCUUCCUCUCUGCAAGUAUAUGGUGCGGCACGGGCAAACCGCUUCGACCACUUCCCGAACUGGAAGCCGCUCUCAUCGGCUGUUCAGGGGCUGCCGCAUUGGCAUUGUACUCCGACGAAGGAUGUUGGUUGAUCAAAGCAGACAGAUCGUCAAACCCAUCAGAGCCUUGCUGCGAAGGAUCGUGUCCGAAUGGCAUGAAGCUACUCAAAUCCAUUGGCGGCUGGCGGGUAGAGGUUGUUACAGUUAUGAUUCCAGAGGUGGGAAGACAAGGGAUCUAACUGGUCGGUUUUGGAACUUCCUGGAAAGCAGCUCCCUUUUAUGCAGAGGGAGGAAAACGCGUGCAAGUAAGAUCCGAUACCGAGAAAUCUAACUCAAGAUAAAUGAGGGAGCGAGGCUUUAGCUAGAUAGCAACUGAAAUUUAAAAAUUCUGUUGCCUGUUUAGCGCGAGGAGAUAGAAAGAUGGCGGCAAGUCAUUCUUUUCCCCUCCUUCAGCCAUCUCUGUCAGAGGUUUGAUUACUUCCUAGUAUCUCACUUUUUGGCGCGUUCCCGGGUUUAUUUUAUUAAAAGAUUCUGCUUUCUUCUUCUUCCUUCCCUAUGGAGUUUUGGGGAGUUCGGUCUUGGCAUGUUCGAGCAAAGGAAAGCAAAGAUUGGGGAUGGCGGCAGUGCAUAUAGAAAAUACAGGGGCCAGCCUGGAAUUCGAGGUAAGGGAAAUUCUCCAUUGUUUUUUUUUUCUUGGUUCUUUUCUGCCACAUUGUGCAACCUGACAGAGACAGACACUUGGCUUGGUUUUGGAUUUGAUUAAUCAGUAAUCAAACACAAGGCAAUUGCCUUGUUAUGUGUUCAAUUUUUUAUUCAUCUUGGUCUUUUUCUAUUGGGUUACACGAGGUGCUGUGGUAGGUAGGUUGGAUUUGAGCAGCAGGGAUUUUGCUAGAACUGUUGAUAGGGUGUUGAACUGGAAAUCAAAGACGAGAAUUAGAACCUGAUGGAAAGUGCACUUUUUAUUAUUGUUAUUGAUUUCAUUAUAUUCGUAUUUUAUUCGAGUUAAAAAUCGAAGAUAACUUGAAUGUGAGAAUUGGAUUAUGCAUUGUUCAAUGUGGUUCAGUUUCGAAUGUCGAUUGUCGAGUUGCUACUGCGGUCUCAGGUUGAGCUCUUGCAAUGCAUUGAUUGCCAAGUUUGCAGGUUAUCGUUCCUUCCACUGUGAACAAUCUGUUAGCGGGAUAGCACUAAGUCUGCUUCUGUGCUCAAUCAAUGAUUGCCAAGUCUCAAAGAGCUGUAAACGUCCAGAUGGAUGCUUGGGCAAAUACUUUCGGCCUGGGACUGGGCUUGGACUUCUCUCUCUCCUCAUUUGCCUUCGUUUUCGGAUGCAGCUUUAAUCUUGAUUAAUAUUUGUCUAAUGUUGCAGCAUCUAUUGUAGCAACCAGACCUUGAACUCUGUUCCAGCUCCAUAGUUUACCUUCUUACUUGGUCGGGCCGGCGGCUACAGGCCCAUGAAAAGUUGUUGUAUUAUAGGAAUGGGCCUUAAUCAGUUGGGCAUGUCGUCGGGAGUUCUCAUCGGGCUAGUAGACUUGGCCUGCACAAAGUAAGGUUCUGUUCUUGGUGGCCCUUAUGGAAACAGAGUGGCUCGUAUGGUAGCCCGUCAGGCUCUAUUCUUGUCACCCAGAGUGUGUUCCUGGUUUGACUUCGUUUCUUGGUUAUUUAGUAGGCAGGUUAACUUGUAAUAUAUGACUCUUGUUUUUCCUCUUUUGCAAGAGUGAUCUAAUGGAAAAUAAAAAUUCGAAUUAAUGAACCGUCUCAUCAGGUGGUUUUCGUAGGUCGUAAUAGUAAUAAUGUGGCUCGUUCAGUGGUUCGACAUGCUUUAUCUUUUUCGCCUUAUUAUGUUCAGAGGUUCGACUAUCAUGCAUGGUUACAGAUUACUAUCUUGAUGUGUAUUGUACCUAGUUCUUUCAAGGAAACUAAUUUGAUAUGAGAACCACACACAAAUGAUGGGUAAUAGUUGUUAUCCAUAAUUAACGUUCUAAAAUGGA